GCUGUCCCCCGUGCUCCAAAGGCUGGGUUUAUUUGGGGAAUUCCUGCUAUUUCUACUCGAAAACCGGGAGCUCCUGGGAAAAUGCCCGGCGCUUCUGCUCAGCCCUGGGGGCGCAGCUGCUAGAGGUGGACGGCCCCGAGGAGAAGAAUCACAUCCGGACCAUGCUGCAAAGCUCCUCCUGGCUCGGCAUCAGCGACGAGGAGGUGGAGGGUACCUGGAAGCGGGCGAAUGGGACUAUCCUACCCCGAAAAAGCAGCUGGUGGCACAGGAGCGAGCCCAACGGCGGGCGGCAGGAAAACUGCGCGGCGGUGCGGGAGGAUGGCGAGUGGUAUGACUCCCCCUGCGCCAGCCAGCUCCCCUGGGUGUGCGAGGGGCACCCCUGA